UGUGCGUCUGUCCAAAAUUGUAUUACAUAACGCGGAACAAAAAUUGUAAUAACGAAAAUAUGCUAUGAUGCAAGUUGUGUACUUCGUUUAGAAGUAAUUACGAUACGGAUUCGAAUUGUCUUUUUCGUUAUUGAUAUAAUGAAAUUAUAAUCGAGGACGAACGGACAGGUUUUUACAUUACUUUCAGAAUGAGAAAAAGGAAACGUUAAUCAUUAUAGGACUUGUGUUUUACCAUGUUAUUUAUUUUUUACUCGAUAAGGACCUGCCGAAACAUAUGUCUGUCACCGUUGAAAUUCUCCAUUGCUAUGUACUCUACCGAGGCCACAUCGAACGUGAAAAAAUUCUCCUCUGCGCAAAAGGAUCUACGUUUGCCGGAUGCGAAAUGUUUUAAAAGUCGGACGAUAUCACCAAAUGUUGUUACAUCCGCUGAUCAUUGGAGGACAGCUCAGCGUGUAGGCGCAGCGAAUAAUGUAAUCGUGCAGAAAGAUUUGUACGGGAAUAAUGAGGAGGAAUGGCAAUGCAUGAAACUAGAUUCUGGCAAUCUUGGAAAACAUUGCUUCAUGUUAUCCAAGAUAAGACUAACAUCUUUGGUAGUUGUAACAACCAUGGCUGGGUACGUGUUAGCUCCUGGACCUUUCGACCUUUUCACAUUUGCGGCAUGUUCCAUAGGCACUGGACUAGUUUCUGCUACAGCAAAUACUGUUAAUCAAUUUUUCGAAGUUCCCUUUGACGCGCAGAUGUCAAGAACAAAAAACAGGGUGUUGGUUAGAGGUCAUUUAACGCCUGGGCAUGCUGCAAUUUUUGCAACAGUGUCUGGCUUCAGUGGAUUAUUACUGCUGUACAGCGAAGUUAACGGAUUAACAGCUGCUUUGGGAGCAACCAAUCUGAUUCUUUACACUCUUAUUUAUACUCCCAUGAAACGUAUCAGUAUAUUAAACACUUGGAUAGGCUCUAUAGUUGGAGCGAUACCACCGUUAAUGGGCUGGACCUCUUGCGUCGGCGAUGUAAUGUCCCCAGAUGCCUGGAUAAUGUCUGGCUUAUUGUACGCAUGGCAGUUUCCUCAUUUCAACGCUCUAUCGUGGAAUUUGAGACCGGAUUAUUCGCGUGCUGGUUAUAGAAUGAUGGCAGUUACAAAUCCAAAACUUUGUCGCAAAACAGCGUUACGUUAUACUGUUGUGUUAAUGGGCCUGUGCUAUUUGGCACCUAUUUUGAACAUAACAAAUUGGUGGUUUGCCAUGAUGUCAACACCACUUAACGCAUAUUUUCUUUAUCUCGCCUGGCAGUUUCAUAAACACUCAGAUAGUAAAAGUUCGCGCAAACUCUUUCGAUUUUCAUUGAUACAUCUACCUGUUCUCAUGGUUCUUAUGCUUGUAAAUAAGAAAGAAUGGCACAAGAAGCAAGAGGAUACGAUACACGAGGAAGGAAAGGGAAGCAAUAUUUACGCCAUUCUAACGAAAGUGAUCCCAUCGGUACAAUUUUGAACCGUUCAGCGUGAACGACAGUUUUGAAAAUAACCUUGAUAUUCAAUUCGCGAAAUCGUUCAAGAGGUGUAAUAC